AUGGACGAACACAAGACCACCUACUCCGGCCCGUCCGAGGCCAAGGACUUCUCCGCGCCGCUUCUCACGAUGCCAGACGGUCAGGAAGGAUCCGCCGAGCUCUCCGACUAUCUCCAAGCGGCACGCCGUGAAAUCGGCAAUCUUCAGGACCAAAUCAACACGUUCCUGACGCAGAAGAUGGCGGACGAGGCUGCAAAAGGCGUGACGGUCGAUGCGAAGGAGGAGGAUCUUUAUGGGGAGGAGAAUGUUGAAGAUGAAGGAUAG